AUGGCUCCCACGGGACACCUUCUACCUCUCCGGACUGCGCGUCCGCAGACGUGCAUGAAAGCUUUCAAUGCAUCUGCGCCGUUGCGUCGCUCUUUUGCAACAGGUCCUUCGGAUGGCCAGCCUCCGCAGAGACCUAGCUCGACCACGCCGAAUCGGCCACAACGGGAACAACAGCAGCAACAAUUCCGUCCCCGUCCGGUAGAUGCCAGAUCGCUCGCAGCUCCUCGCAGUGGAGAUGGCCAAGUCAAAAUUCUACGGACACCUAACCUGCGACUCAGAGGUGCGCAAUUCGGAAAAAACGGCAGGCCUCCGGGAGGACCGCCGGGAGCUGGGGGGUUUAGACGGUCUGGCUACAACAAUAACAACAACUUCAACAAUAACAACAACAAAGGCGGCAAUAAAGGUCGCGGAGGAAAAAAGCCGCGUGAUAAAAAUGCUCGAAAACGCCAACAAGGAGAGGAAGCCGGUGAAGAUGUCAGGGCCGCAGAGAUUGAGGAGAUUUUCAACGAACAAAAGGCAAAGGAGCUGCAGGUUGCUACUCGCUACACACCUGUGCAAUACGACGUCUCCAAACUGCAGGAGACCUGGCCAUCUCUGCCAAUCGGAACAACGGCGCAAGCCGGGUCUGUUUUGGAGAAAUUGAACUUUUUGAGUCGCCGAUUUCCCAAUGGAUACGAGCCACCUCACGAGCUUGCCAAACGGCUAUUCGACGGCGAGCGUGUCAUUUUCCGCAGUGACGAGGAGAAAAAGGCAGCGAUUGAAGAAUUCAAUAAACUUGCUCAUAAGCGAGCUGAUAGGCUCACUCAACGCAAGGGCGAAGUGGUUGAACCUGAAGCCGCCGGAUUUACUUCUACCAGCAAAGAAGACCAGAGCGCCUUUGUCGGCCAGUUGGUUCAAGGAAAGUAUGCGACACAGCAGAACCAAAGCAACCCUGUGUUGGGGGAGAUUGAGAGACAGCUUUUCAACAACGAGACUUAUCGUACUGCCGGAAAACAGUCUGGGUUUAUGGCGAAGAUGGAGUCGCUGAUUGCUUCGGCACAGCCUGCGAAACGAAUAGCGAAAUAG